AAACCCGGAUUUCCGGUGAGGUAUAAGGAGGGAAAAUCUAAACAUUCUGUCAACCCCCUUGCUAGCUACUUCUUUCUGUCGCCUACAGGUGUAUUUGAAGCGAAAAUCGACAUAGUAUUUUGUCCAGAGCGAGAAAAUGCAGAGGACCUCCCGUCUGAAGCGCGAGUUACAACUGCUUAGCAUGGAGCCUUCGCCGGGGAUCACUUGCUGGCAGACCGAGGGGAAGAUGGACGAGCUCCGGGCCCAAAUAGUGGGCGGAGCUGAGACUCCGUUUGAAGGAGGAGUCUUCUCGCUGGAGAUCAUAGUUCCAGACAGGUAUCCCUUUGAGCCCCCUAAGAUGAGAUUCCUGACCCCCAUCUACCACCCCAACAUAGACAACAAUGGUCGCAUCUGUCACGAUGCCCUCAAACUACCACCCAGGGGUGCGUGGAAACCUUCCCUGAACAUCUCCACAGUGCUCACCUCCAUACAGCUGCUGAUGGCUGAACCCAACCUUGACGACCCACUCAUGGCUGACAUAUCAUCAGAGGUGAAGUACAGCAAGCAGGUUUAUCUGGAGAAGGCCAAGAGAUGGACAGAGAAACACGCUGUUCAGAGCAACAAGGGUGGUGUGGUGGAGACCGUGGACAGUGCCGGAGCUCAGGUCCUGAAGAGAGAAGCUCAGGUCCAGCCGCCGGCCCUGAAGAGAGAAGCUCAGGUCCAGCCGCCGGCCCUGAAGAGAGAAGCUCAGGACAAGACGGAGGAACACCCCAAGAGAACGUGUGUGUAGCGCGUCACACAUUUUGUCCCGUUGUGUUGGGAACAGUAAUUACUUCACUUUGUCUUGAAGUGUUUGAGAUUUUCCCUUUUUAUAUCGUUAUGUACAGACUAAGGCUGGGAUUCAUGUCUUUAUUUAGUAUUCAGCUCACACACGUGUUAUUCUGAGGAGUGAAAGCAUACCUGUUGAGAGGGGUCGACCUGGUGGUAGUUGUCAGUUUUAAUACAGUACCCAGGUUCAAUAUGGGACUUAAUUUGACUGUUGGAAAAAGAGCUGCUGUGGAAAUGAUCGUCAUGCUGCUUACUCCAAUUUAGAUUCUUCUUUUCUUAUUAAAAUAUAAAUAAAUAAAAUAUGUUUUGAAGCUAA